AUAUAUUAAUUCAGUUUUGAAAAUAAAAAUUUUAUUGCCUAUUUCCGAAGUUUUUUCCUUCCGAUUUCCGAGUUCCGACUUUUCAGCCAGUUCCGAUUUCCGACACCUCUGGCUGUUCCGACCCACUUCUGGUCCGGAUAUAUGUUUAUGUAAAAACACCUAACAGCAUUUAAAACGCUUAGGCGGGGGUUAAACGCUUUAUAAGGAGAAUAGAGAAAGCCGUAGCCCCAGUAGCUCAGUAAUUCGAAUCUUGCCCGGUGGCUACACUUUUGUUAAACGCAUACUUUUUAACGACAUUUGAUAACCUUUAAAGCAAUCCUAAGGGUAACUUCUAUCGAGAUUCAAUUUUAUUUCCAUUUAUCCCCUCAAACGUGUUCCUAAUUAAGUUUGUUUUAUAUUCGAGUUGAUUACCUAAAUACUAUAUUUUGAAAUAUUUUCACACUAAUUUAUUAAAACUGAAAAACGUAUGAAAAACGAGGCUGAUGAUAAUGACAGUUCUGAGGGACUGGAAGCUUUAUUGAAUCGCGCAAAAUGGACAGAUUCACAAUUAGAGGAAGUUAUGCGGUUAAUUUAUGGGAGACGUUGUCCGUAAGUGAAUUAAAGUCAGACCUCACGCAUACCUCCAAUAUUAGACCUCGAUUACCAUCUUUGUUCGGCACAAACCUCCU